AUCCUGACAUCGUGCGACGCUGGAAUGAUCGCUGAAUUAGAACCCGUAUUAAAACCCGUGCCCUUAGAGUGUUCUUCCUCUACACCUACAAAGUCGUACGCGCGUACUUGCUCAACCGUUUUCGUGACUCAUAUUGCCUGUGAACUAAGCUGUUUCAAGCCAAAAAUCGAACAGAGAUAAGCGGCCAGAUUUUAUUAUGGAGGAAGCUGUUUUCGGUGUUUUUUUCAACGUAAAAGUUUAGCGGCGUUCCCAAUACCGUUACAUAUACACGCAUCAAAACACCGGUCGUCCCAGAGUCACAAACAAUCCGACCUAAUAUCUGCCGAACGAAUAAAUGCAUUAACCGUGAUUGAAUCAGUAUUUACCUCUUUACUCGAAAGUCAAGUAAUAACAGGCGUCUGCUUCGCUAACCCCAACGGUUUAGCGCAAGUGCGCCUAUCCCGUUUGUUACAAAUAAUCGUAUACGCCGAAUGCUGAAAGUGGACGUGAGCUGUUCCUAUUUGUGGUGCUCUUGAUGGCCUAUUGUAUAAAAUAAUUAGCGCAGGUUUCGGGUAACCCAAACAAAGAAAAACGAUGAUUAGGAUAAAAAUUGUGCUUAACAGGAUCCCAAGGAACGCGUAGAAACGAACCCCGAAAGAGUGCUCAAACUUCAUUUAGUCUUGAUGUGUUUUGGCUAAAUGCAAUGGAGUGCAUCCCAUCGGAGAGGUGCCCUGUUGUCAAAUCGAACGUCAAGUCCCCCUUGUACCAUAAUAAAAGCAGCUGUUGGCUUUGCGGCAGAGGUUUGAGUGUUACUAACAGAUGGCUGAAUGUGUCUGUACAAUUUAUAUGGAAAAGUUGUUUAAACGACAACGUAGGUUAAAAUAAUCGUUUCUUUCUAUAGGGGCACUUAAAAGAAAGGGCAGCGUUCGUUUUAGCAAACACGGUAAUUGAAGAGAAAAGUAGAAUCUUAUUUAUCGAGAUCAGUUGUUCAUGUUGAUCGCUCCAAAGGCUUACUAUGACAUAUUAACAACGGAAAUAUUGUGGCGCCAGUUUGGAUUGGCGGAGAGCCCGCAUCACUGGACGGUAUAACUGUCGACUCGCUGUGAAACCAUCUGAUGCAAUGUAUGAAAUCUAGGAAGUGCUAAAAGAAUCUGGGCUUAAACAAUCGAUUGUGGUAGUACACUGCUAUCGACUGUAUUGUCAACUAAGACCGGUUGUACUACAUAGGCACGAUGAGUCGUGAAGAUAUUCUGUAUGCGACUAGCUUCCCUCCAGAAGUACAGGCUGCGUUAAAUCAGGUGUUGCCUUCCAGUGACCCUCUUGACCAAGCAGAUUUUGAGCCUGUCGCAUAUAUUAACUCUAUAUUUCCCAAUGAACAAUCUUUAGCAAACGUCGACGACGUCAUGAUUAUGUUGCGUGGCCGCAUUGGGGAUUUGGACGAGGAAAUACGUGAGGUAGUACGUUGUCAAACUACACCCAAUGCAGAUGGCCGUACAUCAUUAAAAGAGGCACAAACUGCCCUUCACCACCUUUUUGCUUCUGUUAAGGAUAUCAAAGAAAAAGCAGAUUCGUCAGAGAAGCGCGUAGCAGAAAUUACUCGUGACAUCAAGCAGCUUGACCAUGCCAAAAGACAUUUGACAGCUUCAAUUAAGACGCUACAUCAGAUGCAAAUGCUUAUUGAAGGUGCAGAUCGGCUACGUGACCUUACAAGACAACGAGAAUAUCAGGGUCUUGCUCAACUUCUCCAGGGAGUAAUUACAGUCCUUGACGAUUUCCGGCCUCUUAUGGCAAUACCACAGAUUGCCGCACUGGCGGGAGAUGUUGCCUCAAUUCGUCGAGUUUUAGCCGACCAGAUUUCCGCUGAACUUCGCGAAGGCCUGGCAACAGGCCGAACUCCGCGCACCAAUGUAGCUCAUGCGUGUGCCGUACUUAAUCAUCUUGAACCGCAGGUUCGACGCAAACUUAUCGAGUGGUUAGUUAGCGAACAGUUGUCGGAGUAUCGUGUGCUCUUUCAUCUCGACCAAGAAAUGGCUUGGCUAGAUCACAUCGACAAAAGAUACCAGUGGAUCAAGAAGCACCUGGUUUAUUUUGAGGAAACGUUGGGCGGAGUGUUUCCACCGGAAUGGGAAAUGACUGAGCGGAUCGCUGUGCAUGCCUGUGAACUUACACGAAAGCAGCUCGCUGAUCUUAUGGCACUGAGAUCGUCACAGCUGGAUGCCGGGCUAUUAGUAAAUGCUAUGACAAAGACGUCCGCUUUCGAAGUGUUACUGUCAAAGCGAUUUACAGGGGUAACCCUUCGUACUACAGGCGAAGACAAACGAUUGGGUUCUGAAGACACUUCGAAUGAGGGGACUAUUCCAGGGCUCGCAACAGCAGGUGGCGACUCGGAAGCAGGCACUAGUCCACUUAAUAAUAGAGCGUCAUUCAUUGAUAGAAAUCCUUUCAAUGGCCUGAUCUCUUCCUGCUUCGAACCGCAUGUACACGUCUACAUGGAAACAAGAGCUCGUGAGCUGGCUCAAAUGAUAGAUAAGUUUGCCAAGGAAGCUGAGCAAAUGUUACCGCCCAAGGUGGAUGGACAGCCGGCAGCCACUCUUCCGUCGUGCGCAGAUCUGUUUAUAUUCUUCAAAAAGUGCCUCGUACAAUGCAUACAAAUGCCGGCAUUCCGUGGUCAAGGACUGGUUCUGCUAAGCGGCACAUUCAAAAAAUACCUCCGUGAAUACGCCAGUCGGGUUCUACAAGCUGCCUUACCAAAAGGAGGGAGCAGUGCGGGCAGUGCGCGACCAUUGCUGGCCAAUUUGCAGACUUUGGUUGAGCAGUCGGGAAUGACUGCGGGAACUGGUUUGGCUGGCCUUGGGGGAGUCGUGGGCGGCGUCACAGCUGGAAGCGGAUCAGGAGGACCAAGGUACACUCCUGGUGAGAUUUGCCAGGUGUGCGGGGUCCUCACAACCGCCGAGUACUGCCUAGAAACUGUUUUACAACUUGAAACCAAGCUCAAGGAGAAGUUGUCUUCACCAACGCUGCAGGAUGAGAUAACCUUCUCGUCAGAAUUGGAUCUUUUUCACGUGGUGGUAAACCAAUGUAUACAAUUACUCGUUGCAGACUUAGAAGCAACCUGUGAACCUGCAUUUGCCUCAAUGCUGAAGACAAACUGGGCGUCGCUGGAGGCUGUAGGGGAACAAAGUCCAUUUGUGAAUGCCAUCGGCUCGCAUUUGUCGCACAAUAUGACGCUUCUUCGCGAUGCUCUUGCUAAUUCACGCAAGUACCUAACGCAGUUCUGUGUCAAGUUUUCGUCGGGUUUUAUGUCGAAGUAUAUUCAUCAUUUAUUACGGUGUAGACCUAUAUCAUCUGCGGGCGCGGAACAGUUAUUGCUGGAUACGCACGCUCUUCGAACACUAUUACUUGAGCUUCCCACGCUCGGCGCACAGACAGCGAAUCUUCGACGAGCGCCCGCUAGCUAUACCAAGGUAGUAGCCAACCAGCUGUCAGUUAGGCCAGCAGAAAUCAGGAAGGAAUUUAAAAAAAUCCUAAAAGCCGUGGUUAUGAAAGGCAUAAGCAAGGCAGAGCUUAUUCUAAAGGUUGUAUUAACGCCGUUAGAGCCAGCAGACGUAUUCGUAACAAAUCUACUUCGACUUUUGCCUGAAACAGAUCUAACUGAAUUUCAGCGGAUACUUGAGAUGAAAAAUGUUCGUAGGCAUGACCAACCAGCAUUGAUCGAACGUUUCAAAAGAAAAGCCGGCCCGCAGGCAAUUGUCUCAGCGUCAACCGAGGAAAAGAGCACUGGUUUGUUCUCAGUAUUGAAUCAGGAGAGCGGACGCAUUAUGCGACUUGAGAAGUUAUUAAAGAAGAAGUUCUAAGCCAACACAAUAACGGUCGUUUUAUGUAUCUAACUCUGGAGCAUGACGAUUGUUAUAUUCUGAGUAGGUAACACGAUGUUGGAAAAUUACGUUAGAAGCACUUUUUUGAAAACAGAACCAGCGAAGUACAGUAAAAGGUGUUAGCUUUAGAGACCUCUGUUCUGAACAUGAUCGUUGAUUGUUGAAGGCCCUAAAAAUGUACAAACAUAUUGGAUUCUUACUUGAAAUUAAUAAAAAAAAAAGCCGCUAAUAUAUAUAGAAGCCAAAUCUGUAUAAUAUAUAUAUGAUAAUGAAACGAAAAAACAGGUUACGCAAAAUCGUAACGCUAGACCAUUAAUCUUUUUUGAUAUUUUAGUAUAUUCCAAGGUAGAACUAAAAAAAGGACUCAAAUUGCCGUGUGUAAUUUACCCUGUUGUAAAUAAACGUAAGUUUUCAUUAAUGUUUCGUAAACAACUAUUCGCCGAAUAAAGUAAAAAAGAAAAAUGACAUACUCCACGUGUAGAGUAGCAUUUGUUCUGUUCCUUGUCUAGUUAGAUUCUUCUUCAACCCAGGUAACGAUGACAUUAUUAUAUCAGAUGUUAUAAGCAUUAGAGUUAUAAAGAGUAUUUUUACU